UCUGAUCAAAUGUCGCUGGACGAAUCAAACCACAUCAGUACCCCCUACACCCCCACCCCUCUUUAUAUCCUGUCGAAACAUUUCAGCUCUUCCUCACAAAAACAAGAAAACCAUGUACAAGAUCCUCGUACAACUGCUGAUUCUGUCUCUACCAAUCCUCUGCUGCUCUCUUCCCCUCUCAACACGCUCAAGAUGGAUCAUCGACGAGGCCACCGGAGCCCGGGUGAAGCUCAUCUGCAUCAACUGGGCAGCCCACCUCGAGCCCAUGUUAGCCGAAGGGCUCAACAAGCAGCCCGCCGGCCGCAUCGCGAGGCUCGUAGCAGAAAUGGGGUUCAACUGCGUGAGGCUUACUUGGGCCACCUACAUGUUCACACGAUUCGCCAACCUCACGGUGGCUCAAUCUCUUACCAGACUUGGGCUUGUAGACGCCAUGGAAGGGAUAGCAGUGAACAACCCUGGAUUUCUGAACGUUACUGUUGUCGAUGCUCAAAGGGCUGUGGUUGAAGCGCUUGUUAGACAGGGUGUGAUGGUGGUUCUUGAUAACCAUGUUAGCCAGCCCAUGUGGUGUUGUGGUGAGCACGAUGGGAAUGGGUUCUUCGGAGACAAGUACUUUGAUGCCAAGGAGUGGUUGCAAGGUUUGUCCAUUGUCGCCAAACUUUACAAAGAUACAUCAAUGGUUGUAGGUAUAAGCAUGCGCAACGAGCUUCGUGGACCGCUCCAAAACGCUAGCGUAUGGCAUGGAUACAUGGAGAGCGGGGCAAUGAGAAUUCAGAAAGCAAACCCAAGACUUCUGGUGAUCAUUCCAGGAUUGCACUAUGAUCUUAGUUUCACCUACCUAAAGGAAAAUCCAUUACAAUUAAACUUUAAGAACAAAUUAGUGUACGAGAUUCAUCGAUACGCAUUUACUGCCGGGCAGACAAAGAUGUGGUUGAACAACAUAUUUGCUGAAACCUGUAAUAGUGUCAGGCAGGGAAUUCAGAGGCAAGCAGGAUUCUUGUCUGAGGGACAGAAUGCAGCUCCUUUGUUUGUAAGUGAAUUUGGAGUUAAGCAGGUGGGAGUGGUCCGGGCUGAGAAUUUGUUCUUGCGCUGCUUUUUGGGGUAUUUGGCGGAGAUGGACUUGGAUUGGGGUGUUUGGGCUUUACAGGGGAGCUAUUAUGUUAAGCAUGGGGUUCACGGGCCUGAUGAGACGUACGGGAUGCUGGACUUCAAUUGGAGCUCUGUUAGGAAUCCGGAGUUCCUUCAGAGACUUCACCUUAUUCAACAGCAAAUCCGAGAUCCUAACUCAACGUGUCCAACAUACCACAUACAGUACCAUCCAUCAACCGGGCGGUGCACUCGGGUGGAUAAUAAUUCGGAGCUCCAUGCAACGGACUGCCGGAAUUUCAGCAGGUGGAAUCACAACGGGAGUGGCACUCCAAUCCGGUUGGAGGGCACGGAACUGUGUCUAUCAGCAACCGGGGAUGGGAUUCCGGCGACGCUAUCCCGGGAUUGCUCGAGCAGGCGAAGCAAGUGGGAAUCGGCUUCCGAUUUCCGAGUUUCAGGUGGCAAACAAAGAUGGGAACGGGGAGUAUUUAUGCUUGGAGUGGGACUCUACUCACUCAUCGUCAAGAGUUUUAACUAAGAAGUGUGUUUGUUUGGAUGUAGAUGAUGAUGAUUCCAUGGAUUGCCAAGAAACUCAGUAGUUUAAGCUUAUUUCAGCUAAUGUUCAAUAAAAUGUUAUGAGACUCAUCUUACUUACCUCCCUUAAUUAUAUUUUACCCCGAAAGGGCCAUGGCACCUUCAGAACUUGCUGCA